AUGUCUAGAAUUGGAAAACAAACUAUUAUUCUUCCUGAUAAAGUAAGUGCAAAUAUUAAUGAAUCUAUAAUUUUCAUAGAAGGUCCAAAAGGAAAAUUAUCAUACAAAUUAUCUCAGCUAAUAGAUAUUCAACAAAAAAAUAAUGAGAUUACACUUAAAAUCAAUAAAUCUAACAAAGCAUCACAAGAACUACAUGGAUUAUCCCGCACUAUUAUUAAUAAUAUGGCACUAGGAGUAUCUCAAGGGUUUUUCAAAAAAUUAGAAAUACAUGGUGUUGGAUACAGAGCACAAAUAAAUAACAAAGAGUUAAUAUUAAAUGUAGGAUAUAGCCAUCCAGUUAAAAUUGAUGCACCUAGCGGUAUUUCUAUCAAAGUAGAAAAAAAUACAGAUAUUAUUGUUUCAGGAAUUAGUAAAGAAAUAGUAGGUCAAGUGGCUGCAAAAAUUCGAUCUGUUAAGCCUCCUGAACCUUACAAAGGUAAAGGUAUUAGAUAUAUUAAUGAAAAAAUAAAAAGAAAAGUAGGUAAAGCAGGUAAAUAA